CCAGCCACGGCUUGCUUCGACUUCAAAAUAUGUCUCGUCUCACUCUCAUAGUCGCCGCAACCAGAACCAAUGGUAUCGGACAGAACGGAAGUCUUCCAUGGCAGCUUCCUCAAGAAAUGUCCUACUUCGCUCGCGCCACAAAAACUGCGCCGGAAGGGAAGGUGAACGCGGUCGUGAUGGGGAGAAAUACAUGGGAAAGUAUCCCAAAGAAGUUUAGACCGUUGAAGGAUCGCGUGAAUAUAGUGGUGUCGAGGAAUGAGAAGUAUGAGAUCGGAUCGACACCACAAACCUCUCCGACAUUCCUACACCUUAAUCUGGCCGAUGCGCUCGCUCGUAUAUCUAAUCCACCACCGUCACCUGCUCCUGAGUCUUUCAAACCUAUCCAUCACGCCUUCAUCAUCGGUGGCGCCACACUCCAUAACGAAUCCCUCGCUCUUCCACCCGACCCCACUACUGCCGCCUUCGUCGACCGCGUCCUUCUUACACGUAUUCUUGAACCCGCAUUUGAAGACUGCAAUGUCUUUAUGCCAGAUUUCUUGACCUCUCAAGGCGAAUCGGGGGCAAGAGCGGCGGAGGAGGGUGUACAGUGGAAUCGAGCGCCACACGAGGAGUUGAGUGAGUGGGUAGGCUUUGAGGUGCCCAAGGGUGUACAGGAGGAGAAAGGCGUGAAGUAUGAGUUUCAGAUGUGGGUGAGGCGUAAACCGCAGCAUACCAGUGAAUGAUGAUGUCGGUCCCC